AUGCCAGACAGCCUCGAUGAUGGAACCCCCUUCAGCGAAGAACCGACACCAUUUGGGACCGACGGUACUUUUGACCGUGUGUUGAGAGCUGGCCAUAAGCCCAAAGCUGUGCCUGCUAUCUUUGUCCAUGCUGGAGCCGGAUUCCAUAGCCACCAGAAUGAGAUCGUUCACCUCCAGGCAUGCGUUGCUGCUGCCGAAAUGGCGAUGAAAUUUCUCAAGGCUGGUGCUCCCGCAACUGAAGCUGUCGAGGCUGCCCUCCGGGUCCUUGAAGAUAAAGAGAUCACCAACGCUGGGUACGGCUCUAACCUUUCCAUCGAUGGCAUCGUCGAAUGCGACGCCACUGUCGUGGACCAUUUUGGCCGCAGCGGCGCCUGUGGUGCUGUUUCAAACAUUCGAAAUCCCAUCUCUCUCGCCAAGCUUAUCCUUGAUAAAAGCAACAAGCCAUUGAGCCUACGACGAGUUCCUCCAAACGUUCUCGUGGGAGAAGGAGCCAAGGCCUUUGCGGAAGAGCACGGUCUGAUGACAUACCCGAAUGAGUACAUGGUUUCGAAAACUGCCAAGGAUCGCUUCAUACGCUGGCAGGAAGAUCUCAAGCGAGCUGAUACCAAGAUGAAAGAGUUCAAAGCAUUACCUGACGUUGUCGACCCAUGUCCUCCAUGCCAGUACGAUACAGUACCAUCGACAGAACCACAGCCAUCUUUGCCCCAAGGUCAGCGAGCUGCCAUUAUGGCCGGCACUUGGAACGAAGGGCAGCCCGAUUCUCCGUUUACUGGCACACCAAGCCAAUCCGCAACGUCAACGCCAUCGCCCAAUCAGCAGACAUCCACCAGCUACUUUCGUCCUGCUGGCCCUUCUGUGACUUCUUCAAAUCGUAACUCAUCAGCCCGUACAGUUCUUGAAAAGCCAACACAGACAUAUGCUGGUGUAGCUGGUGGUGCGUUGGGCUGGUCUUCCCCAUUCCGACCAAGGCUAUCAGAUCGAAAACCCAACCCGUUAGCUGAGGAUUCCAGACCUGCUAUGCCGGAAAAUGUCUGUAUACAUAAAAGGCAUAAUGCAAGUUCCACCAACAAGACUGACCAUGUUCUAUCAGAGGCCCCUCCUGGGAACAGUGGUUAUGGCUCUAAUCAUCAGAGCUCCACAGGUCCUCGCGGGGUUAAGCGACCUUCCAGCCCAGAUGGAAAAGCACAACCUCAUUCACGAGCUAUAAAAGAUCGCUUUCGUAAUGGGCCUGGCUACGAGGACGCUAUCACGGACACUAUUGGUGCCAUUGCAAUUGACGAUCAGGGUAACAUCGCUGCCGGUUCUUCCUCAGGUGGCAUUGGAAUGAAACACCGAGGCCGUCUGGGCCCAGCAGCUCUUGUUGGAGUUGGGACAGCUGUCGUUCCUUGCGACGAAGAAGACGAAGAGCAGGUUGCUGUCGCUGCAGUCACAAGCGGUACGGGAGAGCACAUGGCUACUACUAUGGCCUCCCAACGGUGUGCUGAGCGGAUUUACCAUGGCACAAGACGUGGCCGAGGGGGUAGAAAUGUUCAGGACGACGAUGAAGACGCCAUCAUGGAAUCCUUUAUUGCUGAAGACUUCAUGAAACAUCCAGGUGUCAGGCAAUGCCACUCUCCUGGUGCGAUCGGUGUCAUGGUAGCCAAGAAAACACAAACGGGUUACUACUUUUAUUUUGCCCACAACACAGAUUCGUUUGCUCUCGCCUCAAUGGGGGGCCUGGAGAAACAGCCAAGCUGCACCAUGUCCCGGCUUUCCGAAACUGCCAAUAUUGCAAAGGGCGGGCGCAAGAUCCGUCUUGGUUGA